AUGGGGGCGCCGGUCCUCGCAUGCCAGCGCGCGGGCUCCAGGGGUCAGCACGUGACCCCGCUGUGCCCUCCCCCCGCGGGACUCCAGCCCCGCACUAGCCAGCAGACCAGCAGACUGGGAGCCGACCAGCAGACUGGGAACCGACCAGCAGACUGGGAGCCGACCAGCAGACUGGGAACCGACCAGCAGACUGGGAGCCGACCGGCAGACUGGGAGCCGACCAGCAGACUGGGAGCCGACCGGCAGACUGGGAGCCGACCGGCAGACUGGGAGCCGACCGGCAGACUGGGAGCCGACCGGCAGACUGGGAGCCGACCGGCAGACUGGGAGCCGACCGGCAGACUGGGAGCCGACCAGCAGACUGGGAGCCGACCGGCAGACUGGGAGCCGACCGGCAGACUGGGAGCCGACCGGCAGACUGGGAGCCGACCAGCAGACUGGGAGCCGACCAGCAGACUGGGAGCCGACCGGCAGACUGGGAGCCGACCGGCAGACUGGGAGCCGACCGGCAGACUGGGAGCCGACCGGCAGACUGGGAGCCGACCGGCAGACUGGGAGCCGACCGGCAGACUGGGAGCCGACCGGCAGACUGGGAGCCGACCGGCAGACUGGGAGCCGACCGGCAGACUGGGAGCCGACCAGCAGACUGGGAGCCGACCAGCAGACUGGGAGCCGACCAGCAGACUGGGAGCCGACCAGCAGACUGGGAGCCGACCAGCAGACUGGGAGCCGACCAGCAGACUGGGAGCCGACCGGCAGACUGGGAGCCGACCGGCAGACUGGGAGCCGACCAGCAGACUGGGAGCCGACCAGCAGACUGGGAGCAGACCAGCAGACUGGGAGCCGACCAGCAGACUGGGUGCCGACCGGCAGACUGGGAGCCGACCAGCAGACUGGGAGCCGACCAGCAGACUGGGAGCCGACCAGCAGACUGGGAGCCGACCAGCAGACUGGGAGCCGACCAGCAGACUGGGAGCCGACCAGCAGACUGGGAGCCGACCAGCAGACUGGGAGCCGACCAGCAGACUGGGAGCCGACCAGCAGACUGGGAGCCGACCGGCAGACUGGGAGCCGACCGGCAGACUGGGAGCCGACCGGCAGACUGGGAGCCGACCGGCAGACUGGGAGCCGACCGGCAGACUGGGAGCCGACCGGCAGACUGGGAGCCGACCAGCAGACUGGGAGCCGACCAGCAGACUGGGAGCCGACCAGCAGACUGGGAGCCGACCAGCAGACUGGGAGCCGACCAGCAGACUGGGAGCAGACCAGCAGACUGGGAGCCGACCAGCAGACUGGGAGCCGACCAGCAGACUGGGAGCAGACCAGCAGACUGGGAGCCGACCAGCAGACUGGGAGCCGACCGGCAGACUGGGAGCCGACCAGCAGACUGGGAGCCGACCAGCAGACUGGGAGCCGACCAGCAGACUGGGAGCCGACCAGCAGACUGGGAGCCGACCAGCAGACUGGGAGCCGACCAGCAGACUGGGAGCCGACCAGCAGACUGGGAGCCGACCAGCAGACUGGGAGCAGACCAGCAGACUGGGAGCCGACCAGCAGACUGGGAGCCGACCGGCAGACUGGGAGCCGACCAGCAGACUGGGAGCCGACCAGCAGACUGGGAGCCGACCAGCAGACUGGGAGCCGACCAGCAGACUGGGAGCCGACCAGCAGACUGGGAGCCGACCAGCAGACUGGGAGCCGACCAGCAGACUGGGAGCCGACCGGCAGACUGGGAGCCGACCGGCAGACUGGGAGCCGACCGGCAGACUGGGAGCCGACCAGCAGACUGGGAGCCGACCAGCAGACUGGGAGCCGACCAGCAGACUGGGAGCCGACCAGCAGACUGGGAGCCGACCAGCAGACUGGGAGCCGACCGGCAGACUGGGAGCCGACCAGCAGACUGGGUGCCGACCAGCAGACUGGGAGCCGACCGGCAGACUGGGAGCCGACCGGCAGACUGGGAGCCGACCGGCAGACUGGGAGCCGACCGGCAGACUGGGAGCCGACCGGCAGACUGGGAGCCGACCGGCAGACUAG